GUGUAUAUAAGAACUGCUCUCAGCACUGUGAGGUAUACAGAAGGUGAACGUCUUUCUGUCUUGUUGCUGUAGUGAGGAUCGGGGUGAGGAUCAGUUAUGAGGUCUCUGCUGAUCUUGGGGGGUCUCGUGGUCUGUGUGCUGCUGGUGACCCCAUCUAAUGGUGGCAAGACGGAGUACCGGGAUGGAGGAGAGAAGUCGAUGGAUUCCGGAGAGCCGACAGUCCCAGCAGGACCCAGCGAGAGGGACAGGAUAGGACUCCCGUGCUGCGGAUGGGGAGAAGAGGACCGUUGCAGGGUCUGUCCAGACUCGAAUGCACGAGUCCAGCCUCCAUCCGAUGACAUCACAGACGAUGAUCAGAAGUCGAUGGAUUCCGGAGAUCCGACAGUCCCAGCAGAACCCAGCGAGAUCCCCAUAGAGGAGAUCCCCAUAGAGGAGAAACCCGCACAACUCCCGUGCUGCCGAUGGCCAUUGAGGAAGCCUUGCAAGAAGUGUUCAGGAUGGGGUUCAUCAGUGGAAUCCAUAGAGAUCACAGACAAUGAUGAUCAGAAGAACUCGAUGGAUUCUGAAGAUCUGACAGUCCCAGCAGAACCCAGCGAGAUCCCCAUAGAGAAGACCACCGCACAACUCCCGUGCUGCCGAUGGCCGAGAAGGGAGCCUUGCAUGAAGUGUUCAGGAUGGGGUUCAUCAGUGGAAUCCCUAGAGAUCACAGACAAUGAUGAUCAGAAGAACUCGAUGGAUUCCAGAGAUCUGACAGUCCCAGCAGGACCCAGCGAGAUCCCCAUAGAGGAGAAACCCGCACAACUCCCGUGCUGUCGAUGGCCAUUGAGGAAGCCUUGCAAGAAGUGUUCAGGAUGGGGUUCAUCAGUGGAAUCCCUAGAGAUCACUGACAAUGAUGAUCAGAAGAACUCGAUGGAUUCUGAAGAUCUGACAGUCCCAGCAGAACCCAGCGAGAUCCCCAUAGAGGAGAAACCCGCACAACUCCCGUGCUGCCGAUGGCCGAGAAGGGAGCCUUGCAGGAGCUGUAAUGGAUGGGGUUCAUUUUUCUGGCCUCCAUCCGAUCGCAUCCCUGCCUAUGAUCAGGAGUGGAAGCCGUGACUCCGCCCUCUCCGGGCCGCUACCAUCCUCUGAUUGGCUCUUCAUAGAUCUGCAAAGCUCUUCAGGGACCGACAUCCAGAAAUGACGAGUCGGCGCUUUUCUAAAAUGUAUUUAUUUUAUAUAAUAAAAUAUUUUAUUGAUGAACACA